CCCGCCCUCGCCGCCCGGUGCGCGGCCCUCGCGGCUGGACCCCAUGAAGGGGUUCUGGCGGCCGCGGUCCCCGGCGCUGGUGCUGCUGCUCCUGCGGCCGCUGCUCGCCUCCGGAGACUCCGCGUCUCGCCCGCAGGCCCGAGCCAUGAACCCGGGAGGCUGCGCGCGGGGCUCCCCGGAGGACAGCCACCGUUUGCUGCGCACCACCGUGCCGGGCUCCGACCCGCAGCGCCGCAACGAGCUGCUCCUGCUGAUGGCCGGGGAAGGAGCCGCCGCGGAGCCGCGGCACCACGUCCUCUACUUCCCCGGGGACGUGCAGAAUUACCAUGAAAUUAUGACUCGUCAUCCUGAGAAUUAUCAAUGGGAAAAUUGGAGUCUAGAAAAUAUUGCCACCAUUUUAGCCCACCGUUUUCCCAAUAGUUCUAUUUGGGUAAUAAAGUGUUCCCGAAUGCACUUGCACAAAUUCAGCUGCUAUGACAAUUUUGUGAAAAGCAACAUGUUUGGUGCACCAGAACACAGUCUGGACUUUGGCGCCUUUAAGCAUUUGUAUAUGUUAUUAGUUAAUGCUUUUAACUUAAGUCAGAAUGGUUUGCUGUCCAAGAACAGGAGCGCUUGGAAUAAGGAUUGUAAAGCAUCUAACUGCGAGUCUAACUCUUCUACUGCUAGCAGUGGUGGCCAGGAAGAAAAGGAGAGGACCUGUGAAAACGUGGAUGAGUCUGCCAUGAGCUUUGCUCUACCAUCAUUGAAUGCUGCAUCGUUUACUUUGAUUGGAUUCAGUAAAGGCUGUGUGGUUUUGAAUCAGUUGUUGUUUGAGUUGAAGGAGGCCAAGAAAGACAAGAACAUAGAUGCUUUCAUCAAAAGCAUAAGAACAAUGUAUUGGCUGGAUGGUGGUCAUUCUGGAGGAAGCAAUACUUGGAUCACAUAUCCAGAAGUCCUGAAAGAAUUUGCUCAAACAGGGAUUACUGUUCACACGCAUGUCACACCUUAUCAAGUACAUGAUCCAAUGAGAUCCUGGAUUGGAAAGGAGCACAAAAAAUUUGUUCAGAUCCUCAGGGAUUUGGGUAUGCAGGUGACUAGCCAAAUUCAUUUUGCAACAGAAACGCCUUCCAUAGAGAAUCACUUCAGGGUUCAUGAAGUAUUCUGAGACUACUAAUGUGCUUGCUUAAUGGAACUUAAGUACCUUGUUAUAAGUACGGAUGAUGAGAUGCAAGAUUAAUUAGAUGCAUCAUCAGUUUGUGGGCUAAGAAGAUGCACAUUCCAAAAGUCUGAGUGUCAAAUACAGUAAGAUUCCUUGCUUGUGAAUGUGGGCAAUUUUAAAUUUUGAUUGGACUAGAAUUAAUUUGAAAUCUAAAAGGGUAGUUUGUGAUAAUUCUGUGACCUUUAAAAUGAAAGAAGCUUGAUGUUAGUUUUUUAAAAAGCUAACAAAAUUGGUGUUGGAAAUAGCUGACAUUCUGAGACCUGUUUUAAACUAGCUUUGGUAAUAACAACCUUCAGCCCUUGAAACAUUUCACUUGUGUGUGUCCAAGGCUCUAGGAGAUUGGGGGACAUCUGUACCCUACAUUCUGACUCAUGUUUUGUAACCCCCUGGUCUCAUUGUCAGUGUUCCACCAAGUGUUCUGUUUGGUUUUUUUAAAUCAAAAUAUAUUUAUUCCCUUAUAUCCAGGAUCACAGAAUUAUAUAGUUGGGUUUUUUUAGAAGAUACUACGCUAAGCACUGCAACUUAAUUCUUAAUUGACAGUUUUUAAUUAUCUGUUAGUGUGCUCUCAAAGGGAGACAGAUUCCACAGACCUAAAUCAGCGUCUCUUCAGCAGCAUGGUUUUGUCUGCCAAGAGAAAAUAGCUUUCUUUGGCCAAAUGUAAAAUUACAUUGAGAUAAGAAAGGUUACAAAGGAAAGUUUGAAGAUACAAAUAAUUUAAAUUUUGGCCCAGAAACUGAAUUUGCUUAACACUGCUACAUAAUUUGGGUGAAGCUUCCUUCUGCCCAUUUUUCUUUACUAAAUAAAUGAUUUUGAGAGACCUAGAUCUAACGAAUUUCAAACAAUAUUGGAACAUAGCUGUGGUUAUAAAAAGUGGUCAAGCACUUUUUAUUUAUGAAUAAAGCUUUGUAGGUCAUGAAAUAACCAAGCAGGUAAAUAUCACGCUGCUUUGGGAUCGAAAAGAAAAUGAUUAGUAUCUUAAGGGCCCAGAGAAUAUUUAUUGAACAAUAUGGAAAGUGUUAAUUUUUUGGGUUUCUCCCAAAAUUACAUUUUAAUCAGCCUACAAAUAUAUUCCAAAUACUCAACUCAUGAUAAAGGACUCUUACCCCAGAUAUUUAAAAAUGAACAUGAUUCCAUCAACUACUGAUGAGUGUACAUUUUGUAAGAAGUUUUAUGUUCCACUUUCUUUGAAUAUCUGUUCUUUUGAGAUCAGCACUUCCCAUUGUAGAAACAACUCAUCUGGUUUCUAACUUAUUACAUAUUUCCUUAACUUUAAGCCCUGUAAUUAGAUGGCUGCCUUCAAUUUGUUUAAUAAUCCUGAAAUGAAUCAUAUAAUGGAAAAUAGCUGCAUUACUGAACGGCCAUACAGAGGGCUUUAGUUUUCAUAAGGUUGACUGAAGUGGAAAGAGGCUUUCUGUUUUAUUUUUAAGAAUUCAUUUUAAAAGUCUGAGUAAGUUCUUCAUCUCUCCACUCACGUGAAUGUCCAGUUGUUAUGUUAAAGUGGAUGUUGAUCCGAUGGACACUAGAACUGCCAUCACCUCUGGAGACAGUGUUGAAUAGACAAAUACUCUGGAAUGGAAAUGAUUGUGUUAACCCACACAUAGGUAUUUCUGUUUAAUACUUCAUAUUGGUCCAUUCCCACAUCUGUUUAAAAAGCUUUGUUAAAAGUUGUUCUUGUAAACAUGUGUCCUACUUGAUUGUGCCUUUGUAAAGUCACUGAGAGAAGUGGUCCUACAAAUGUGAACGCUGUUACCACUGCAACAUGAAUGUAUAAUUACAUUAAAAAUAAUCCACAGG